UGCCGAUUCCAUCUAGGUUCCCAAUUAUUUAAAAACGUCCACGCCCGCCGUCCGUGACAGCAAAAACAAAUUCAUCCCUCCCCAUAACAAUCAUAUGACGACUUUCCUCGCCGCAGAACACCAAUCACCCAAACACAAACAAACACAACCCGACACCGACACACCCGCCAACAUGCCUUUCACCGCCAGCGACAUUUGCAAGAUCAUUCUUGCCGUCAUCCUCCCCCCUCUGGGUGUCUUCCUGGAGCGUGGCUGCGGUGCCGACCUGCUCAUCAACAUCCUGCUGACCCUUCUCGGUUACCUGCCCGGUAUCAUCCACGCCCUGUACAUCAUCUUGAAGUACUAGAGGGCGCGCCGGCGAGCGGUUCCAUCUGUCGACGAUCCCCUCUGCCGACCCGAUGUUGCAUUCGAUUACUUGGGAGCUUGCAUUCGACAUCCGCCCGACUCGUCAACCACAAGCGCCGUAACCUGCAGCGAAAAAAACCGGCACCGAACUCUGGUCGGCAGGCGUCAUGCGCGAUUGGGGGCCCAGCCACUACCGACCAAUGAUGCAUCGGCGAUGAACGACCUCGGCUGACACCCUGCAAGCUCCCCGAUGUGGGAGUGGGUCGCUGCAGCCCUCAUUAUGACGUGGCUGGCCAAGUGAACAACAAGGCCCAACUUUCAUCUUACCAUGGCUCUAUCCUUCGCUGGGUGGAUUGUGGAUCGGAGACGGACGGAACUUUUCGGCCUGCGCGGAUGCGUCGUUUUGUCUCUUGUUUCUACCUUGUCAUCUCGUCCAUUCUAGCCUUUUUUGUUUCGUUUUUCUUCUCAUGCGAACGCGACCUUUUUCUGGUUCGGGGCACUGGGGGAACUCAAGACUCUGGGUCUGGCCGAGAGCAUAAGACGAUACGCGACAUAGCUUUUCUCGUCACCUUAAUUCUGAUACCCUUCACCAACCUCAACGUGCAUGAUCAAACUGCUCACAAGGUGUGAUAUCUGUGCACUGAUGUGCCGCUCGGAUCCUGACGCGCUUUGUUGACCUAUCAGUUUGACCAGCUGCGGACUGUGGCCCUGCGGGAACCUCCCUCAAUUGGGUCAACGAAUAAUUGUCGAGUCGGUUGCUAGCGCUCAUCUGUCGCUAAGAUGACAUCAUUCCGCCCACGCCUCCAGCCGCCAUGUUUUCCCAACCGCCCACCACGCUAUCCGCGCUCAUCCCUUCAAAUCUAUUAGCUAGCCUCUAUCGAGUGUAGUGUAGCUGAAUCAGAGCCAAGGAUUAGAGGAC